AUGUCUUGUAUAAUUUAGUUAACCUAUAGAGCUAAACAAUCCUUGUCAUUAAGUAUUUUUCUAUUUAACAAGAUCCAACUAGAUAAUUGCCUCGUAAAGUUGUAUUACCCAAAUUAUAUGCAUAAAGAUAAAGAGCAAUUUCUUUUGAUAAAUGCCAAUAAAAUAAAAAUGCUGUUACAAUUUCACCUAAGCCGUGUAAUUAAUCUCCAAAAAUAAUUGCUAAAUCAAUAAAAACAGAAUUUAAUCAUAUGAAAUUGUCUUAAUGCUCUAAAAAAUCAGUUGUUUUAGAUAGAUAAUAGCGUAAAAGUACAGCACAAAGAAAAUUCAACUAAAUACCAAUAAAUUAAAAUGAUUUUUGUUAUGCUGGAUUUGAAACUACUGAUACAGAUUAUGAAGGUUUUACUUUAGAAGCAUAUCUGAAAAGAAAAUGA